GGGGAGCAUAGCGCUAUAAAUACGAGAUACCUUCACCGACGUUGUCGCAGUUUCUCGGAAUCGGUUGAAUUGUUUAUACGACUGCAAACCAGCGACAAUGAAGACUUUGCUAACAGUGACUUUAUUCUGCACAAUCGGAUUUGCGCUUGCCGACGUUGCGAGCGAGUUUCAAUCGGCAAACAUUACAUCGGACAUUUUGAAAGGUCACGGUCCCACAGAUUUGAUCGAGGUGAAGUACGGAAACAACGUGGUAAAUCUGGGCAACGAACUGACGCCGACACAGGUGAAGCAGAUUCCAGAGAUCCACUACAAGCAUGAAGGCGGUGUUCUUUACACACUGGUCAUGACAGAUCCAGACGUACCUACACGAGGCUACAAUCGUGAAUUUAACCAUUGGCUUGUUGGUAACAUCCCUGAGGAGAGUGUCGAAAAGGGAGAAGUCUUGGCAGAAUAUGUUGGUUCCGGACCACCGCAAGGCUCUGGAUUGCAUCGUUACGUUUUCCUUGUUUAUCGGCAAGAUCAGGGCGCCAUAACUUUCGACGAGAGACGUUUGAGCACAUGGGACGGUAAACAAAGGAGGCGAUUUUCUAUUCAGAAAUUUGCCGAAAAGUAUAGUUUGGUCGGUCCUCUUGCAGGAAACUAUUUCACUGCAAAGUGGGACGAAUCUGUCCCUGAUCUUCACAAACACCUUGGUUUCUAAUCUCGAGAUUCAGCAAAAUCUACUUUGUUUAAUACGAUAACGAGUGAACUACAUAAGCACAUUAGGAGAAACUAGAUUAUAUGUCUAUACCUAUAUUGGAAUACGGAGACGUAGGAAAAUGACAAAUGUUAAUAGCAAAAAUUUGUGGAAUAAACUGAUUGCAAAUUGUU